ACCAUUUGUAAAAAGCAUUGACGAAAGAUUACAGGCCGCUCAUCUCUUUCUCUCUCUUCAACUUUUCUCUCUCUCUAGAUUGGGCGUGGAGAGAAGAUAAAAGAGGGUGGGUUUGGGAAUGAUGAGCAAGACGAGUGCACAGGAGAUGGUGAAGACAGAGGGGGCAGAUGUAGUGAAAGAGGAGAGAGAGAGUUCACAUCCCUAUGCGUUCCACGUCUCUGGGCCUCGUAAUGUUGCUUCUCCUAACUGGAAAGAGAUCAUCAUCUCUAGCUGGAAGGAUGGGAAUUACAAAAGAACGGUAAUUGCCUGCUUCAUACAAGCAGUUUACCUACUUGAACUUGACAGACAAGAGAACAGGACAGAACAAAAUGCUCUAGCUCCAAAAUGGUGGAUACCCUUUAAGUACAAGCUAUCCCAAACUCUAAUCGACGAAAGAGACGGCUCAAUAUUUGGUGCCAUCCUUGAGUGGGAUAGAGCUGCAGCUCUUGCAGAAUUCAUCCUCAUGAGACCCAGUGGUGCACCAAAGGCCGUUUUAGCACUAAGAGGAACGCUACUCAAAGGGCCCACAAUCAGAAGGGACGUAGAGGAUGAUCUCCGGUUUCUAGCUUGGGAAAGCCUAAAGGGUUCAGUCAGAUUUAACACUGCUUUGGAAGCAUUAAAAUCGAUUUCAGAUGGAUAUGGAAGCAAUAAUGUAUGUAUCGCAGGUCAUUCCUUAGGGGCUGGUUUCGCUCUCCAAGUGGGAAAAGCGUUAGCCAAACAAGGAGUAUUCGUGGAAGCUCAUUUGUUUAAUCCACCUUCGGUUUCACUAGCAAUGAGUGUCAGAAAUAUAGGAGAAAAGGCAACUUUUGCUUGGAAGAGGUUUAAGUCGAUGCUCCCUUCGAGCAGUGAAUCUCAGGCCAACGGUAAUGAGGUGGUGGACAAUACCACUAAUCUCAUCGGAUUGAAUAAAUGGGUGCCUCAUUUGUACGUGAACAACAGUGAUUACAUAUGUUGCUAUUACAACGAUCCAACGGGAGGGGAAGAGAAGGCUGCAGAUAAAGAGAAUGCAGGCCCUAAAAAUGGGCAAGCCGCAUUAGCGAAGCUAUUUGUGAUGUCCAAGGGAAAGCAGAAGUUUCUGGAGGCGCACGGGUUGGAGCAGUGGUGGUCAGAUGAUUUGGAACUCCAACUGGCUCUGCAGAGCAGCAAGCUCAUAAGCAAGCAGCUCAAGUCCUUGUACAGCCUCCCGCCUUCUUCGCAACAAACACAAGGAAAACCUCAAUGACAUUUUGGCCGAUGCUUAUCGGUGGCUUUUUGCUUGCUGUAUACCUGCCUACUGAUUGUCGUAAAAUAAAAAAAAAGGGGUGAAACUGCGUGCUAAAUAACUCAUUUUCAAUCUGUCUACGACACCACAAAUUGUUGUUUGUGUGAAUUGUUUGUUCCUUGGUAUGUAUUCAUUGGGUUGCGUUUUUUCCUGUGCGGAGCUCUGUAUGACCUUUCAAACUGCUGCAAGUGGUAACACAUGAAAAUUUUCUUUUUCCUAGCUA